AUGAAUCAGCAGUUACAAGUCAACAUUUCAGAGGAACAGGAGUUGCUGAAAUUGUGCCUGAAUGUGUGCGUUGUGCCUCUGCAGGUUGUUGAUCUUGAUUCCACGACUCCGUACAAAGCUCUGCAGUUGUGUACACUUCUACCGAGCCACAAAACGAGAGUGCUGGUUUGUGGGGGAGAUGGGACAGUGGGCUGGGUGCUGGACGCCAUUGAUGACAUGAAGUAUAAGGGACAGGAGCAGUCCAUUCCAUAUGUUGCUGUUCUCCCUCUGGGAACUGGCAAUGAUUUGUCAAACACUCUCGGCUGGGGAGCUGGAUACACUGGUGACAUCACAACUGAAGAGAUUCUUCAGAGUGUUCUAGACGGGGAGGUAACCAAAUUAGAUCGAUGGAGUGUGCGGGUGACAAAGGGAUUUUACAGCUUCCAUAGGCCCAAGAUUUACACCAUGAACAAUUAUUUCUCCAUUGGACCAGAUGCACUUAUGGCUCUGAACUUCCAUGAAUGCAGGCAGCAAAGCCCUUUCCUUUUCUCCAAUCGGAUUAUUAAUAAGGCUGUUUAUUUCUUCUAUGGGACCAGAGACUGUUUAGUUCAAGCUUGCAAGGACCUGGAUCAGAAGAUUGAGUUGGAGCUGGAUGGGGAAAGAAUUGCAUUGCCGAAACUGGAAGGGAUUAUCGUUCUCAACAUUGCUUACUGGGGAGGGGGCUGUCGGCUUUGGGAAGGCACAGGGGACAAACCUUAUCCCCCUGCCAGUCAUAGUGACGGGCUGUUGGAAGUAGUUGGUGUUUAUGGCUCAUUCCAUUGUGCUCAGAUCCACGUGAAACUGGCCAACCCAGUCCGCCUGGGCCAAGCCUACACUGUCAGACUGAUUCUGAAGAACUCGAUGAUGCCCAUGCAGGUUGAUGGGGAACCCUGGGUUCAGGGACCAUGUUCUGUUGUCAUCACUCACAAAACCCAAGCUCUGAUGAUCUCACCAUCAAAACGACAACCAGAGGAGGAUGUCCAGAGUGCAUCAGCACAAGGCACAGUGGAAAGCUGACACCGACAUUCAGAAUGGUACAGAGGCAAUCCUGUCCAAACUGCCUCUCAACAGGGAAAGAUGCACUUUACCAGAGUAACUUUACUCCUCUCAGCUUGAAUGGUGAUUAGCAGCCAAGAAACAUCAGAUACUGUGAUUCAUGAGAGCUGGAGGGAGGGAGUGUGAGCACUGGGGCUGGGGAAGCCCCUGAUCCUUGGGAUUGGGGCAACACAAUUCCUUUGUGGGAUAGGGGAAGUUGAUCCAUGCAGGACGUUGGAGGGACAACAGGAAUCGGAUGGGGAAGGAUUUCUGAAGAUAUCUGCAAGUAAUUUGAGUUCUUUUAUAGAGAGAACUUUACUCUGAAUUUAACCCCAUGCUGUCCCUGUCCUGGAAGUGUUUGAUGAGGACAGGGUCAGUAUUAAAGUAUGUAAUCUUCCCAAGUACGACAUUUACCAAAGGCAGCAGAAUGUUCCUGUCUGCUGUCCGCCACUGGCUUGUUUAGUUGAUGCAGCUCCACCCCCAUUAGUGAUUUCCAGCAGAUAGAGUGAAUUGGUUUAAUUUUCACUGUUUCCCCCCCCAGACCGCCUUUCUGUUUUUGAAAGUUGUUAUUUCUGGAUCUUUGAUGUGGUUUACAGUAUAUUUUUUGUCUUGCUGUGUUUGCACAGAUUAUGGACCUAAUUGAGUCUUUGCACUGUGGCUGUUUACUGUGGUCAUUGUUACUGCUUCAUCCAUAUUCUUUUUGCAGGAGUCUGGAUUGCACUGCUGAUAGCUGACACUGUCUGAGUUGCAGGUCGACACUGACUAAAGACAGGUUAACAUUUCUAUAUUCCAUAACCAAAUGAAAAGUCCCAACCUGCUUCCCAGGAAGUGUUCUCAAACACAUUUUGACCCCGAGCCACUUCAGGAGAUAUUAAAACAGGUCUCAGCCUUGAUGUAAAGACAGAGAGAGAUUUUAAAUGCCUAAGAGGUGACUCUGGGUCAAGUCUGAGCUCGAGCUUUGUGACCUUCAUGAAAGUGCAGAACCAAGAGGCACUAGGGUCCAGGUUCUGCUAUACCCCGGCCCUCUCAGCCCCUCAUCAGUGGGGGUCAGGAAGUGAGGCUGCUCCUGGGGAUUAGGGGAAUGGAGCAGGGGGUGAUGUUUGGGCUGUAUUGAGCUGUUAACCUCAGUUCCAUCCUGAUCACGAUGGGACUGAUGCUGCUCUCAAACCAAAUUCUGUCUCCUUUCCUGAUUCCGAACAUUGUUUCCACGUCACAUUUUUAUCUUCCAUUGCUUCUGGGAGGUGUAAUGUCAAGUAUUCUCAUUCCAUCUGUUGUAAUUUGUGUAAAUGGGGAGGGAAGAUUAAUGUCCUGAUCGUGGUCAAACUUUGUGACAUCAAUAAUGUGAAAUAAAUUUGGGACUAGCUCUGAAA